AUCAAUCUUAGUCUAAGUGACGAAUUCCACUUUCACAUCUCUUGGCCACAAUCUUUAUUUCCCUUUUUUCCCCCUUUAAUUUUGAUUUAUUAAUUUUUAUGGGUUGUAACGCAGCUGAGCCCUUCAAAUAGUCGUGGAGACACAGAGAAAAUCAAACAGAGACUUUUAUUUGCUUUUUGUUCGGUCCUCUCUUUCCCUGUUACGUUCGACGACUCAGCUUCCUUAUAGUGUUCCCAAGAUCAUUGCAAGCUUAAACAGAACAAUACUCUGAUCAUGCAACCAUGAUGGUGUUACAUUCUCCCAGAGCAAUCAGCAAGUGCUGGACAAAUUGUGAAACUAAAACAUUGCAAGAAGCUUCUCAUUGCAGCAUUUCACAUGUUAAUGUGUUGAUCAGCAGAGAUCCUUGCAAUCAAAGAUUACAUACUUCUAUUCCUUGGCAAUCCUGUGGACAAAAUAAGAGCCGUUGGCCAUCAAGGAUAUCAAAUCAGGGAGGUUCAAAGAGAUGGCUGUGUCAAUUUCGUGCCUCCACUUCAUCGGACGAUGAGUAUCGCUCAUCCCGCAAUAUAGCAAUCAGCUUAUUUCGAAGGUACAGGAAUGUCAUCGAUCGAGGAGGAGGCGACAAUCUAAAAGAGUUCAUCAGUGCCGGGGUAAAUGCAUAUGCUUUGGGCUGCACUGAUGAGGGCUUAAGGAAAGAACUUAUUAAUAUAAAGAACUCUGGAAUUGAAAUACAAAGUGUGCAAUCUUAUGGUGGAAGCACAAGUUUGAAGUCCAAGAUUUUUUCUAAGGAGGUUGAUGAGUGCAUUCUGUGGUUAGGCAUUAUAUUCAUCACCAUCUUGUGUACACCGCAACCUACUAUUGUUAGAUGGUCGUCUACACCUCCAGUCUCAGCUGAUAUCAUGCUUCAGUGGAAAGGCUUUUGUUCUAUCAUAGCAAAUGCUUAUUAUAUAAGAGGAAUGGCAUGGAUUCCAGUGAAGACUCUUCAACUAGAGCAAAUGGCAGUAGUAGGACAUGCUGAGGAGCCAUCUGUUAUCGCAAAUCGAAUGCGAUUAGUGUUCAGCACACUAGAGGUAGUAAGUCCACAAUGGCCAAGAGUUUAGUUCAGUGCUU